AUGGCGUCUCUUUUGAGUGGUGGCAUGCGUCGCACGUCUCGGAAGCGCGUAUCUUUAGUUGAUGAUGAGUUUUCUAGUUCGGAUGAUGAUGACUUUGCGCUAGACGAUAGCGACGGAAGCGGAGAGUCCGCGGAAGAGUUUGAAAGCUCCAGUGACUCGGACCUUAGCGGCGAUGAGGUCCCUGCUUCGGCGCGGGACUGGACAAAGGUGGACACGACAAAUCCUCCACGAGCUCCUCCCCGCUUUCCGUUUACUGCCACGCCGGGUGUCUCCGCUGGUCUCGACGAAAACGACACCCUCGACGCUGUUGGGUACUUGGAACUCUUGCUGAGCCCGGACGUAAUGACUCAGAUCGUCAAGGAAACAAACAGGUAUGCCGAUCAACACUUGGCGACCGCACCGAUCUCAAGGGGUUCCCGUGUGAAGGCGUGGAAACCGGUGACGGAAGCAGAAAUGAAAGUCUUCUUCGCCCUGCUGCUUUUACAGGGAAUAGUAGACAAGCCAGUUGUCGAGUGGUAUUGGUCAAAGCGCAGAGUGAUUGAAACCCCAGUGUUUGGAGAGGUGAUGAGUAAGAGCAGAUUUAUUCUGCUCAUGAAGUUUCUCCACUUCGCAAACAACGAAGAUGAUGCUGGUGAAGUGGGGCAAGCGCGUCAGAAACUUCGCAAGAUCUGGCCGGUGCUGUCGCUCAUGAAAGAGCGCUUCAAAGCAAGCUACAUGCCAGAAGAGAAUAUAUCCAUUGACGAGAGCCUCAUGCUCUACAAGGGACGACUCUUCUGGAAACAGUUCCUUCCGCUAAAACGGUCCCGCUUUGGCGUGAAGUUCUAUGUGCUGUGUGAGGCAGCAUCCGGCUACAUAUGGGACGUCGUCAUCUACACAGGCAAGGGCACCGACGUCGACGGUCAGGCAAGCACCAUGGGGACGAAAGUCGUCAUGAGACUAAUGGAGCCACUGCUGGACCAGGGCUAUUGCCUUACUGUGGAUAAUUUCUACACGUCGCCGGAGUUGGUUGAAAAACUUCUGAGCCGCAAGACUGACGUCUACGGCACUGUGCGACCAUCCCGCAAAGAUAUGCCACCUCUCAAAGAUGCUAAUCUCAAAAAGGGAGAUAUUGUGGCAUAUCAACGUGGAAAGUGCAUGGCACUCCAGUGGAGGGAUAAAAAGCUUGUGACUUUGCUGUCCACUGUGCAUGGCGCCACCAUGACAGAAAUGGUAAAUAGGAAGAAAGAGACAGUGUCGAAACCAGCUGUAGUCAUCGACUACAACCACACCAUGGGUGGUGUUGACAAGAGUGAUCAGAUGCUUUCCUACUACCCUACAACCAGAAGCCGACAGAAAAUUUAUUACAAGAAGAUUUUCCGUCACCUCCUAGACAUGGCAGCCUUCAACGCAUUUUUGCUCUACCAGAAACAAGACGGGAAACUGAGCCACCUGGAGUUCCGGCUGGCGCUGGUCGAAGGAAUGGUCCAGAAGUACCACGAUCCGAACCGAACCCUCAAGAAAGGCAGGCCGUCCGACACCAGCUUGCUGCGCCUGACCGCCAGACACUUUGUGUCCUACAUCCCACCGACACCUGGAAAGGAGCUGCCAACACGAAGGUGCGUCGUGUGCUGCAAGGCACGAGGUGGUGGGGACAAGAAGGUGCGCAAAGAAACGCGCUACUGGUGCAAGGACUGUGGCGUGGGACUGUGCGCCAUCCCAUGCUUCGAGGUGUACCACACCAAGGCACAAUUUUGA